AUGAUUCCAUAUAUUUUUUCUCAAGAUACAAUACCAUUUAAUACAAAUGGUAGUCAUCUUAUAAUAUGUGUACAUGGUUUAAAUGGUAAAUCUGUUUUUCUUAUGUCAUCAUCAAAUCAUUCAACAACAUUAGAUGAUAUUGAUGUUAUGGUUAAACAACUUAUUGAAGAAAUUGAUAUACAUAUUGAACGUUAUGGAUUAAAACCACAACGUAUUAGUUUUAUUGGUCAUUCAUUGAGAAAUUUAAUAAUACGUGCUGUUGUUAAUCAUCAACGUUUUGAGCCAUAUAGACCAUUACUUUGUUGA